AUGUCAAACCGGGAAAUCAAAAGUGUCCUAACCAAGACGGUGAAUGCGACAAGGACUGAUUGGGCGAAGAAGCUGGAUGAUGCAUUAUGGGCAUACCACACAACAUUUAAAACUCUAAUUGGUAUGUCACCAUACAAGUUGGUGUUUGUAAAAGCAUUUCACCUUCCGGUAGAGCUCGAGCAUAAAGCCCUUUGGGCACUACGGCAGUUGAAUUUGGAUAUGGAGACUGCCGGCACCAAUAGAGUCACUGGGUUACAUGAACUCGAGGAAUUCAGGUUCCAUGCAUUUGAGAAUGCAAGAUUGUACAAUGAAAGGAUGAAAAUGAUGCAUGAUAAGCAUAUCCUAGAUCAGAACUUCAAACUGGAGAUCUAG